UAUGCCUCUUUAAAAUCUAUCACUCCAGAAGAAUUCAGCACCAGCAAGAAUUGAGAAACUCUCCAACGUAAUGACAUCACUUUCCAAGAUGAUGCUGUUCCUUUUCUUGCUUGCUCUGACCCUGGCUGCUGAACCCUCCUCAGGCGGACAGGAACUGAAGUUGGUGCGCGCUGGCUGUCCCAUGUUCUGGUUCGGUUUCAAGGGCCGCUGUUACAAGUACUUUGGCUCAAGGGUGACGUGGGGUGAAGCAGAGCUCCUAUGUGUAUCAGAGGGGGCCAACCUGGUGUCCAUCCACAGUCUGGAGGAACACAAUUUUGUCAACUUUCUGGUAAAGAACUUUGAUCCUACUCAGCAACGGGCCUGGAUUGGACUCACUGAUAUUCAUCGAGAGGGCGGUUGGAUAUGGUCUGAUGGGUCUAAAUAUAAUUUCUCCUUUUGGAAUCAGGGACAGCCUGAUAACGGCAGUGGAAGUGAGCACUGUGGACACACCAAUCAUGGAGACCAAUUUUACUGGAAUGAUGUUUCAUGCUCAGUAACAUAUGCUUUUGUCUGUGAAUCUCGUACAGUUUGUGCUUAGUCUUGAAAAGCAUCAAAACUAGAAAUAUUAAAUCUGAAAUAAAGGCAAAUAUCUAGAAAUGUCACUGCUGCUUUUAAUGUCUGUAUAGCUUGUCUGCACUUUAACAUGACCAUCAAUGUUAAAUGAAUCAUUGUGUUUAUGUGAUUUUUUUUUCUAAAUGCCGAAAUUAAAAUUCUGUAUUUCUGUGUUUUUUUGUCCAAUACAUCAUUGGAGAAAUAUGGAGAAUAUUACACUGACUCAGAUGUAACUUAUUCUAUUCAUUUAAACAUUAAGAAAUAAGGAUUACAUAUUGUCAUGCUUAAAGAUUUAAGUGUUUCACCUGAGUUCUUUCUUUGGACAAUACAUUUUUCAAUGAAGUUCA